CACACACUUUCACACACAUAUACAACACGCACAGCACAUACAAUUCGUAUAAAUAAAGGAGAAUCAAUUAUUAAUAGUCUAUACAAUUCAUAGACAUGGCUUUUAAUGCAUCAUCAUUUGAUGUCAAUAGGAUUCUCAAGUCUCAGCAGUUAAUAGAGGAUGGCAUUCAGCUUGAAUCAUCCUUACUUCAAAUCUGCAUCAACGUCAUAUUUUCAUUCACUGUAUUAUUAAUCUUUUGUAUAAUAAGACCGAAAUAUCCCGUCAUUUAUGAAUCAAAACGAACUUUAUGUAAAUCAGAAACACAAAGACCUGAUGCUUUAGGAAAAGGCUGGUUUAGCUGGAUAAAACCUACCUUCAAUAUCAAAGAUGAUACCCUAAUACAAUAUUCUCGGCUUGAUGCAUUCACCUUUAUUUAUUUUGUGCGGAUGUUAAAAAGAUUGAUUAUUAUCAUGACAAUUGGCUCCAUGGCAAUCUUGCUUCCUGUAAACAUUGUUACUGCUUUAAAUACCGGAGAUUGGCCACCAGCCUCAAUCCUAGGCUUUAUUACUACCCCUUCUUUUUAUACCUCAGAUCAAAGUGAUAAAAGUAAAAUAUGGUACUGGUGUCCGACCAUAGCCAUCUGGUUGUACUCUAUUCUAAUCGUCGGACAUAUGAUCAUGGCUUCCAAGAGUUUCUUACGUCUGCGAAAGAAAUAUCAUACGAUGUUGACAAAAGACAGUCAUCGUAUAGAGGAUGCUGUCUCUAGGACUUUACUUUUAUAUGUCAACGAACAAUCCAAGACGACAAUAGAACGAGACAAGAUUAAAUACCUUGUCCAUCAAUUCUCAAACAUACCUUCUCAGCGUAUUGCAACUGGAAGCUACAAUCAACACUUGGCUUACCUUGUACAAAAAUAUACGAGUAUAGUAAACAAGCUUGAGAAAUCACUAAUAGCUUACUUAAGUAAGGCCAAGAAAAAUCAAAACGAUGAUGGAUCAGCAGAAGAACUGGAUACCUUUAAACGACCAAUCAUAAAACUUGGAUGGUGGCAUCAGAUCAAAGUAGACGCAAUUGAUUACUACACAGAUCAAGCACUUACGCUCAGUCAGUCUAUCAAACGUAAUCGUAAUCAAUUGCAAAAUGCUGAUCAUUUAUUUGCCAUUUACGCCGACAAAUACAGUGCACAUCAGGCUUAUGUGUCCUUACUUGAUAAAGCAAUAGAACAGCACGCACUCGUUCAAAAGGUAGCUCUAGCACCUCAUCCAAAGGACAUCAUUUGGAAAAAUAUGACGCUAGACCGCGACACAAGAAAGUUGAAGCGAUUAUUUGGCCAUGGUCUCUUCUUGUCCUCCGUCUUCCUUGCCAGUUUUCCAAUUGCCAUCGUCGCGUCUCUUUCCAACUUGAUCAACAUUCUGCGCUUCUUUCAUAAAACGAGAAGAACUAUUGCGAGCAAUCGUGUGAUUCUUGGCAUUAUCCAGUCUUAUUUCACGCCCUGGUUCAUGUUCUUUCUAUUCUUAAUAAGCAUCAGCUUGCUUCGCUACAUCACACAACAACAAGGCUACCGUACAAAGAGCAUGCUCGAACAAAGGACAUUGAUCAGAGUAUUCGCGUUCUUUGUGAUCGACUACUUGUUCAUAUUCACUGUAUUUGGCGUGCUCAUCGGUAUUCUCGGACAAAUGACGAUCAUGGCACGUUUACUGCAUCGAGAAAGAACUACAAUGUUAUCUCGCUAUGUCUUCCAGAUGGGUAAAAACAUCAUUGGCAUUUGCAUUCACUGGAUCAACUAUAUCUGCAUUAACUGUGUCGGCCUCGCCUUUCAGUUACUUCGACCGCUUGCUCUCAUCAAGGAGAAGCAGGGUGUGCCUGAUUUUGACUUUACCAAAAAUUACGCCAUGAUUCUCUCUAUCUUUGUCGCAACACUCUUCUCAUCUGCCAUUGUGCCCAUCAUUCUUCCAUUUGCAUUGUUCUAUUUUGGAUUCGCUACCAUGGUCUUCAAGUAUGAACUAAUGUAUGUCUAUACUGUCAAAGUGGACACCUACGGUAAAACAUGGCCUGUGCUUUACUGCAUCAUCAUUUGCUCGGUCAUUGCGUUUCAACUGAUGAUGAUUCUUGUCCUAAGCUUGAAAGGUGCCCUCUUUCAAGUCUACUCAUUGAUACCUUUACCUCUUCUCACUUGCUUUCCCCUUGUGCUCCAUGGAAAGUAUCUCUAUCGAAAAAUUCACCCAUUACAAUUAGAGUUGAAUAACGAUGACAACGACUCAACUGAACCAAAGGAAUCAAACAAUGCUACACCAGACGAUGACCGUAGUGCUCGCUGGAUCGAGAAAAUCUACAGAGACCCAGUGAUCCGACGUCCUUUGAUCAAACCGUGUAUUCCAGAAGAAUACAGACUGUUGAUACCACAAGUCUACAAGCAUCACCGACAACACCAGCUGAUAUUAAAAGAACUAUUUCAAAUGAAAAGUCGUAAAAAGCCAUCACGUACUAACACUGUUAAUACUAUCAGAAAGAGCAAAGAAGAAGAAAGAGAGCGUGUUUAUUAUGUCGAUCCAAUCGAUUCAUACUAUGAUGGACCGAGCAGCAGUACUAACAGUACAGAACCUAGUGCUCCUGACUUGGAAAUGAUACUAGCAGAAUCACCAUUACCUGCUUAUGUAUCGUCUAAAGAGCAAACCUUGUAAUUAUAAAUAUAUAUAAACUUGUCUGUGCUGGUAUAAUACCUUUUACAUAUAUAUACGCCAUGUAUACAGUGAGGCCAGUCAAUACCUGGCGGUUUGUAGAAAAUAUUUGUCUGAAUCAAGAAAACAGUUGGCCAAAAUAAAUAUUAUCUUGUCUUUUUAUGACAGCUCAGAUUGUCGCAAUCAAAUAUUAUAACCACAUUGUUGUUGGAGUGGAAGGAGAAGAUGAAAUGAUAAAGAUCAUGCUUUAUUUUCAGAUUAGUAACGUUGGCGAAACGAAGACAAAGGAUGUGGUUUUAGCCCCCAGGCCACGCUUUAUUUUCAAUAUUAUAUAAAUAUUAAAUAAACCUUCUUUUGUAUUCCCUUUAUAUCUUGAAAGUCGCGCUCAGCUUUUUGUGAUU